AUGAAGUCUCCAGCUACGAUCCUACUCUCGCUACCUUUCUUAUUAGCGCAGUUGAGCGCCGCCGCCUCGAUAGACUGCGAAAAUAUACGUGUCGGUGGGAAGAAAUUCGACAUAUCCAAACUCGCGGGACGUCAUUCGAUAACUUUGCACGAUACGUCGAGGCCUCCUGCCGAGUACAACACGACCUGGUCUGUCAACCUAUGUGCACCGCUGAAGAAGAUUGAUGGGGUUCGUGACGCGGACCAGUGUCCAAUGGGGACCAGAGUCUGCGGAGUGGUCCAAUCGUGGAACCCAGUUGAUGACCCGGACAAGAAACACAUCGAAGUCGAGAACGUGAUCCCCAUCGCCGGAAACUUCGACUCGAGUACGGGCAAGAGCCUCGAUCCGAAAGUCACACGACUGAAAGAGCAGGAUGUCAACGCGGAUGGAUUACAGAUAGAGUUCAAUGGUGGAUACUACAACAAGAACAAGCAACGAGCGGUGAUCCAAUUGCAAUGUGACCCUGAUCGGACAGGCAACGAAGCGAGGCGGAUGAGGAGAGACGACAAGGGAAAGGAGGGGGACGACGGGACCGACGAUGGUGACAAGGACGACGAAACCUCGAGUUCGAGUUUGUCGUUUGUAAGUUACGGCCCGGUCGAAGGCAAGGAGAAACUUGAAGUGGUGCGGUUCAAUUGGAAGACGAAAUACGCCUGCGAAGAUUACGCCGACAGCGACGAGGCGAAGAAGGGUGGUUGGGGUUUCUUUACGUGGUUCAUUUUGAUUACAUUCCUCGGUAUCGCCGCCUACCUCAUCUUCGGCUCCUGGUUGAACUACAACCGCUACGGUGCUCGCGGGUGGGACCUCUUGCCUCACGGAGACACCAUUCGCGACACUCCAUACCUGUUCAAGGAUUUCUCCAGAAAAGUCGUCGACACGGUUUCCGGGGGUGGGUCACGAGGUGGUUAUAGCGCUGUAUGA